CUUUAUCUCCAUGGUUGAAAAUAAAGAUCCGUAAAAAAAAUUUUGUAGAAAAAAAGGUUAGUGGGAGGGGUGUUCUUAUUCGACACGUCCGCCUGGACAUAGCCGGGUAGAUUUUCCACUUUCCGUUUGUGGUCACAAACCGAAAGUAAGCAGUAACAGCCGUGAAAAUGUGACAUUGUUUUUUUUUAAAUAUUCCAUUGCCCAAAAUGUAAUUUUAAAAAUUUAACCACGUUUUCCAGGCAGUCUUUUGAGAUAUUGGGCGUUUCUGAGCAGUUGACCAUGAAGUGCUUUUGCCUCGCUGACCAUAUCUGUUCCAGCGCAUCAUCCUCACAAACUCCUGCUUUAAUGUCGUCAGUAUUUUCACUUGUCUCAAAAAUUUAGGGAGAGGAACAUCAGUUUUUCUGGCAUCAUAAGUAAUUGAGGCAGUGUGCCUGUCUCAUCUGAUUUCCUUUUAUUUAUAUUUUUUCCAUUCUGAAAUAAAUAUUUCCUGUCUUAGAAAUAUUAAUACCGAAAGAGAGUAACUGAGAGGUUGAGAUUUAAAAAUUUUUAUUCUAUUCUUUUAAAAUUUAAUUCGUAGUUGUAAGUGAACGCAGCACUAAACGAAUAUAGAUAUGUUUUCGGUUAACUAUCCAUUAUCCAUGCUCCAUAACAAACGUCAAAGUUAUGCAGACGAGUAACUGUUAACCCAGCCGACGUCGUCGUAUAUGGUAGGUCAAUGAAUAUUAUUAAGCAAAAUACAUUUUUGGAAAUGAAUAAUUUCGCUCUUCAAUGUAUCUCUAUCACAUACGAUGAUUUUACACUCCACUAAACUUGUGGUAACUAAUGUAGCACAUCACACUCAAGAAAUCAAAACGUAUGUUCUUAGUUGUUUUGGAUAACCUUUGAAACAGUUCUCAGUUCCUUACGUAACUUAUAAUACACUAGUAUACACCACAUUUAAAAGGAAAAAUUUGAUAUACUCAGAAAAACAUUAUACUGUUUCUAAGGAUUACGUUAUGUUUUUUUUAUACAUUUCAACAAAUGUAUUUCUCGUUUCUAAUUAGUUUUAUGUGAAUAUUUGAGGCUAGAUUACUUAAUCCCGGUAUAAUGUUUUUUCAUGAAACUUUCACCGGUUGUUCGACUUAGUGUAGAGGACAAAAUGUUGAUGGUCAGGCUUCGCUUGAAUACGGCGCCAGCCUUUUUGAAUAGAAUUCUAACAACUAGUGGCUGUAACAUAUUUCCUAAUUUUCAGGUUUCCAAAUUUCAUUCAAGUCUUAAACCCUACCAGGCUGAGAAACUAUCUAUACCAAAAGAUGAAUUUACUAAUCAACCAUUGUAUGAUCCUACAAAAGGCAAACUUAUUUAUAGUGGACCUUUGACCAAGACAAUAAAAGCAGUUAAGUUGUUUUCUAUAUCCACCAGUCUUUUAGGUCUGGGUAUGCAACCAGUCAUUUUGUAUAACUCUGUAGACACAUCAUUGCCAUUGAAGGCUGCUGUAAGUGUUUUCUUUGCAUUUUUUAUAGUUGUGACACCAUUGUUAAUACAUAUGGUAAGUAAGAAGUAUGUGACUGAUGUUUACUUUGAGGACACUUCCAAUGUCUUUACUGCUGCUACUUUCAACCUUUUUAGCAUGCGUAAGCAACUGACUUUUAAAGCUGAAGAUGUGAAUGCUCCAACUCUUACUGGUCCUUUCACAAGUGUGAUAAUUAAAGGAAAACCCCUUUUUCUGGAUCCAAAAUUCUUUCUUGAUAAACAAUCUUAUAUUCACUUGAUGGGUUUUGACAAACCACUGGACUUGGAGUUGCCAAAAUCUAUUAAGCAGCAAACUGAAAAAUAAAGUCUCUUGCCUUUGAUUUAAAA